GCCGUUGCUCUCCUGUCCUCCGUCGCCAUGUCCCUUCCGCACGCUGCCUUUGCCCACGUCUACAUCAUCGCCGAGGGCGCUGCCCUGCCCACGGCUAUCCUGCCUCGUGCUGUCCAUCUGCUCUCUUCUGUCGUCCCCAGCGUCCAGGUGACCCACUCGCUCAACCACGGCUGGGGCUCCGAUUCCCUGGUCAUCUCCAUCGGCAACAACUCCGUCACCCGCGCCUCCAUCCCCCAGGGUGCUGUCGACGAGCUCGAGCCUGAGGGCUACAUCGUCACCUCCAAGCGUACCGAAAACGGCGCCCUUCUGGUCCUGGCCGACGGCAAGGCCACCGCCAAGGACGAGCACACCGGCCACCCCUAUAAGCACGGCAACCUCGGCCAAGCCUACGCCCUGUACUUUAUCCUCGAGGAGCUUGGCUUUGCCUUCCUGCAUCCUCUGGCCCCCGCCAUCCCCCCGCACCUGACCCUCCGCCGUCUCCCUGUCAAUGUCCGCGAGUCGCCCCGCUGGGCCACCCGUGCCUUCCACUACCACACCCAGCAUCCCCUCGAGCUCGUUGACCUCCUCGAGGGCUGGGGCCCCCAGGGUCCCGAGGACCGUGCCGGCUGGGACUCGCAGCUGCCCGAGUGGGCGCUCUACCUCGAGUGGCUCGUGGCCAACAAGCAGAACGCCAUCGAGUGGGUCCUGCUCGAGGCCCUGACCUGGGCCGAGUUUGCUCGCUCCAAGGAGCGCCAGGACCGCCUCACCAUCCUUGUCGAGCUCGGCCAUAGCUAUGGUAUCCGCAUCGGCGUCGACACCCCCAUCAUCUUUGCCCAGCAGCACUCGUUCCGUCUGCUCCGAAACGGCACCGGUCAAGACAAGGACUUUGAGAACGAGAAGCAGGAGAUCCACGACUCGAUCGACUAUGUCCUGAGCUGCGGCUUUGAUUUUCUCGGCACCGAGGGAGGCACGUCCGAGUUCACCCACCCUGAUGCCAAGAAGAUGCUUGACUACAUGAACGCCGUCGCCGACUACGCCCGUGAAAAGUACAACGUCCCCACCGACAUCAAGGUCCACUGCUCCUCUGGCCAGGUCGCCAAGGGCUUCAAGGACGAGCGCACCGGCGAGGAUAUCAACUUCAACUUCCUCCCCCACUUUGCCACCAAGAACCUGGGCGUCCUUGUCCACACGGUCGAGGAGUAUGCCCUCGACGACCCCGCCCCCACCUACGGCAACAAGGAUUUCAAGUAUCUCCGCGACUUCCUCAACUGGGAGCGCGAGCUCGGCAACCGCAAGGUGCUCUUCUAUCCCGAGACGGCCUACUGGGUCACUGUCGACAUUGAUGUCCCGCUGUUCCUGCCUAUCUAUGCCGACCGCCGCGUCCACGACCUGCGCCUCCUGGCCGAGGAUGAGCAGAACUCGGCCUCCAAGAGAAAGAUGGAGGGCCAGCUCAUCUUCUCCAGUGGAUGGGAGUGGAGCUACUGGCUCAACGACUCAGUUGCUGCCCGUGCUGUCUGGAACCCCUUCUCGGAUGAACCCACCCAGCGCGAAGCCUUUGUUCGCUCGCUGCGUCCCUUCACCAAGCAUCUCGACGACCACGUUGCCGCCGAGGUCGAGGCCCUCCUGGCUGACUGGGUGCAUGCCCAACAGGAGAACUUGAUUGAAGGCAAGGUCAAUGGCAUCGCUCCCAAGGACAUUUUCAAGCGCACUGGCCACGCCUAUCUCGAAGGCUGGGACACUUGGGACGAUAUCAGCCGCCUUCUCAAGGACUGGCAUAUGCCCGGUGCCAGCGUUACCCAGAGCGAGUCGCUUGACUUUGGCGACAUGGCUGCCAAGAGCCGCAGCUUUGGCUUGGAUCCCACCGCGGUCGACUACAAGACCCAGGUUGCCCCUCUGCUGGUCGAGAUGGAGUCGCGCUUCCUGGCCCUCUCGAACCGCACCACUGCCCUCUCUGCCAAGAUCCCCGCCUAUUUGAAGAGUCUGUGGGACGACGUUGCCGACUCGGCCCGCAUCACCUACCUCCGCAUCCGUCUGGUUCACGCCCUGUACGAGUACGUCGACAGAGCAGGCGGCGUCUAUCAGUUCCUGGGCAUCAGCGACAACGCCAAGUUCCUGGAUGUCGCUCUCCACGCCAUCAAGGAGGCUUCCCACAUUGUCAAGCGCCGCGAGGUCAACUACCGUGCCGAUGCCGAUCGUCUUGCUGGCUGGACUGGCCUCAACAAGAACCCCACCAGCUACAGCUUCCGCUACCUGUGGAUGGUCCGCUCGCUGCACCUCUGGUGGAGAGACAUUGGCCGUGCCGUCGACCGCAACUACAAGCCGGGCUUUAUGAACGUCAUCAACCCGCUUGAGGUCGGUCUUUCCCAGGGCGAAGUCCUCAGCAAGGCCGAAGAUAUUGCUGCGGUCAUCAACAAGCUUGGCUUGAUCAGCAACAUCCUGGACCUCAAGUCCGAGGAGCCCAAGUGGCCCCAGGACAUUCCCAACUUCCCUGCCGCCAUCAUCGAGCGCUACAACCUCGAGCACUGAGCGGGGGACCAACUGCCAUAAUAAUCCUAGUCUAUUCGUGACUGGGGGUUCUAUUUCUUCUGUCUAUAUGUCUCAUUCUGUCGUGUCUCGUUUGCGCGAGUCUGUCGCCGAAAGUGUCGCCUGAGCGACGACUGUCCGCCAACGCAGUCUCAGCGGCCCCACCAUGUCGUAUCUCCCCAAUACGGUGCUCGUAAAAUGAAGUGAAACACCCAUCCUGCCUUUAUCGCUAUUUUGGGGGUGGGUGGGAAUGCA